GAUGGCAACGUUUAUCUGGGCGAGUGGAGGCGCGGCAAGCAGCACGGGCGGGGGAGCUACACCUACGCUGACGGCGACGUCUACGAGGGGGAAUGGCAGGACGGGCGGCAGCAGGGCCGCGGCAUUUACCGCUUCAUGAGCGGCGACGUGUACGAGGGCGAAUACGUUGAGGACAAAAAGCACGGCCGCGGGACCUACCGGCUUGCAGACGGCCGCGUGAUGAUCGGGAGGUUUGACAACGAGGUGCCGGUCGGCGAGGGC